GCAGUGUAAAGCGCGGUCAAUUGAGUAAAUGUGUGCCGAUGGAGCAAGAAUAUAAGCAAAGAAGCGGUCUCUUCCGUUCCCUUCGUACGAAAGUGCCGAGGGAAGCGCUGCCAGAAGUGGCUAGGGCGGCCCGGUCCUGAUUGAUUGAUGAGCUUGAGCAGCUCCACCGAUAUUUUCGCGCCUCUCUUAAAGCCUGCCAUCCUCCGCCAUCUUGACGUGCAGCCUACCUCCACACCUCAUCACCAACAAUGGCCUCCGCACUCCGUCUGAGCCAGAGCGCUCUCCGCGCCGCCGCCCCCAUGCGGUCCGCUGCCUUCACCGGCGCCCGCGCCUACUCCAGCAAGACCCAGUCUUUGAAGGAGACCUUCGCCGCCAAGCUGCCCGGUGAGAUCGAGAAGAUCAAGACCCUCCGCAAGGAGCACGGCAACAAGGUCAUUGGCGAGGUCACCCUCGACCAGGUCUACGGUGGUGCCCGUGGCAUCAAGUCCCUUGUCUGGGAGGGUUCCGUCCUCGACUCCGAGGAGGGUAUCCGCUUCCGCGGCAAGACCAUCCCCGAGUGCCAGGAGCUUCUCCCCAAGGCCCCCGGCGGCCAGGAGCCCCUCCCCGAGGGUCUUUUCUGGCUCCUCCUCACCGGCGAGGUUCCCUCUGAGCAGCAGGUCCGCGACCUGUCCGCCGAGUGGGCUGCCCGCUCCGACGUCCCCAAGUUCGUCGAGGAGCUCAUCGACCGCUGCCCCAGCGACCUCCACCCCAUGGCACAGUUCUCCAUCGCCGUCACUGCUCUCGAGCACGAGUCCGAGUUCGCCAAGGCCUAUGCCAAGGGCAUGCACAAGUCGCAGUACUGGGAGCACACCUUCGAGGACUCGAUGAACCUCAUUGCCAGGCUCCCCACCAUUGCCGCCAAGAUCUUCCGCAACAUCUACAAGGACGGCAAGGUCGCCCCUGUUCAGAAGGACAAGGACUACUCGUACAACUUGGCCAACCAGCUCGGCUUUGCUGAGAACGCCGACUUCGUCGAGCUGAUGCGUCUGUACCUGACCAUCCACACCGACCACGAGGGUGGCAACGUCUCCGCCCACACCACCCACCUGGUCGGAUCCGCUCUCUCCUCCCCCUACCUCUCCCUGGCUGCCGGCCUCAACGGUCUUGCCGGUCCUCUCCACGGCCUGGCUAACCAGGAGGUGCUCGUCUGGCUCCAGAAGAUGAAGAAGGCCAUUGGCAACGACCUCAGCGACCAGGCCAUCAAGGACUACCUCUGGUCCACCCUCAAGGCCGGCCAGGUCGUUCCCGGCUACGGCCACGCCGUUCUCCGCAAGACUGACCCCCGUUACGUCUCCCAGCGCGAGUUCGCCCAGAAGCACCUGCCCGACGACCCCAUGUUCAAGCUCGUCAGCCAGGUCUACAAGAUCGCCCCCGGUGUCCUCACCGAGCACGGCAAGACCAAGAACCCGUACCCCAACGUCGACGCCCACUCCGGUGUCCUCCUCCAGUACUACGGCCUCACCGAGCAGAACUACUACACCGUCCUCUUCGGUGUAUCGCGUGCUCUCGGUGUGCUUCCCCAGCUCAUCAUCGACCGUGCCGUCGGUGCGCCCAUCGAGCGCCCCAAGUCCUUCUCCACCGAGGCCUACGCCAAGCUGGUCGGCGCCAAGUUGUAAAUAUAUUGUCAUGAUCUGCGCGGCCGUUAAGGAGCGAUAUGAGGAGUUUUUUGACAUGUCAAAGAGACGCCUAUGUACUAUCUAGAUUGGGUUUGUAGGGUUAGGGAUGAGGUGCAUUCGGUGUCUUAGCACGCAUCACAGCCUUGGAUGUCUCUGCUUCAAUAUAGCUUUUAGUAAACGACUUGCUACAAUACCACAUCUUCACGUUCGAAUCA